GGCCCAGACUGCGUUCUCCGCCGGUCAAGGCUGGAGUCCUCGGUGUGGAGCAUUUACCCUCCCCGGGCACGGCUGGCCGCUUUCCUGAAACCAGAUUUUUUCCAUCUAAAUUCACGUCGGUUCUUAUUUCUCCUGGCUGGGUCUGUAAGCGGACGGGGAGGUAGUGUGGAGAGGCCCGUAGUGCGAAGCUGUGUGCUAAGUGCUUUUCUGAUGCUUUAAAAAUUCUUGCAACAUUCAAGUGCUGAAGAAAUUUUGGGAUUCCGGUGAGGCUGGUAAAAAAGCCUGUUGGGCAGCUGUGUCAGCGUGUUAUGAUGCCGUCUCGUACCAACCUGGCUACUGGAAUUCCCAGUAGCAAAGUGAAAUACUCAAGACUCUCUAGUACAGAUGAUGGCUACAUUGACCUUCAGGGAGAAACUCACUGCUAAAGCCAGCAGAUUGUGGGAAUCUUCCUUCUUUCCUGAUGUCAUGAGAUCCAAUUUAUUAAAGUUUAAGAAAAGCCCUCCUAAGAUCCCAUAUAAGGCCAUUGCGCUUGCUACAGUGCUGUUUUUGAUUGGCGCCUUUCUCAUUAUCAUAGGCUCCCUCCUGCUGGCAGGCUAUAUCAGCAAAGGGGGGGCAGACCGGGCUGUUCCUGUCCUGAUCAUUGGCAUCCUGGUGUUCCUGCCAGGAUUUUACCACCUGCGCAUUGCCUACUAUGCAUCCAAAGGCUACCGGGGAUACUCCUACGAUGACAUUCCAGACUUUGAUGACUAGCACCCACCCCAGCCCUGAAGAAAAGAGUCACAGAUGGAACUGAGCCCAGCUUUAAGACAUUGAGCAGAAACUAUGACUACGGGCUAAGGAGUUCUGCAGUUUGCAGAUGUUAACAAAACUGGCCAAAUUUUAUGGGUCCAUCCUGAAAGAUGUUAACUAAGCUCACAAGUAACUGUCAUUCGGGCAUUCUCUUAUUUUUCAUUUUCUGGCCCUGGCAAAAAGCUCCUGACAAAAGUUUUUCUGUAUGAAUAUGCAUCAUGGGAGAGUAGCAGUAUUAAUUGUAUGGGAAAGUGGGAGGUUGUUCUGUAGUGGAAAGUGUUCUGCCACCACCCUUUUUAGAGUUGAGGAUUCUUUUAAAUAGUCCUCAUGGUCAGAAUGUUCUUAUGGCAAAUGGAAAAAUGUGAUAUGUCAGAUUUCUUAUUACUAAGAAAUUUAUUUUGAAAAUAUCUUAAGUGUUUUCUCCCCAUACUGUUUAACUUUGUGUUCUAGUGGAAGACCUUGGCACAAUCAAAUAUCAUUGUGGUGCAUCUAUAUUUUUCACUUGGUUUCUUAUUAACAACAACCAGAAAUUUUUUAAACCUCAAAGCAAAUUUUCAAAAUGUAAACACUUUUCUCUGUACACCAAUCCUUGGCCAGCUCUGAUCUGGCUCACUGAUAGGUUGGCCAGCAUAUGAUUUGGAUCAUUCUGUCCUGUGUAGAUCAAGAUGUUCUUAUAUCAUACCUUUUGGUUGUUUCCUAAGGAAAAAAUGUAGACGAAUGGUUAUUAUUUAGAGUUUAUAACCCUGUUAGCACUUUGUAUUAAUGUCAUUCUGCUGAAGAUAUUAAGAAUUGGCCUGGAUCUCAGAGGACUGAACUGCCUUAGCUUGAUCUGCCUCCUAGCUUGCAAAAAAUGACUUGUAUUCAAAAGAAAUUAAAAUGUCAAAAUCUAAA